GGAUUGGCUGACGCUUGAAAAUACCAACAAUACCGGAUGAAGAACCGAAGGCAGGCCAGACAAGACCUCGAAACCGACGAGAAAGCACGCAAAUUUCCUUAGUUUUUCUCGUUUUUACGUGAUAUUCAAAGAUGUCUGGCCGUGGCAAGGGAGGCAAGGUGAAGGGCAAGUCAAAGUCCAGGUCUAGCCGUGCUGGCCUUCAGUUCCCAGUUGGUAGGAUCCAUAGACUUCUCCGCAAGGGAAAUUAUGCGGAACGCGUAGGAGCUGGUGCUCCAGUGUACCUGGCUGCAGUUAUGGAGUACCUUGCUGCUGAGGUUUUGGAGUUGGCUGGAAAUGCUGCCCGAGACAACAAGAAAACUCGUAUCAUCCCACGUCAUCUCCAGUUAGCCAUUCGCAACGAUGAGGAACUCAACAAACUACUCUCUGGAGUAACAAUUGCUCAGGGAGGAGUCCUGCCUAAUAUUCAGGCUGUGCUCUUACCAAAGAAGACAGAAACGAAGAUGGGAAAGAUGAAGAGCCAGUCUCAGGAGUAUUAGGCAGCAUGAAGCAUCAUCUCAGAAAAAUCUCAUUAUUGGCAGUUUAAUUUCUUCAAACUGUCCAGUUUUCUAUUGUUUAGCAUCCUUGUUGAUAAGCAUAAGCACUUUAUUUUCCUUUAUCUUCAUAAUGUUGGCCUAACAUAAAAAGGAAAACUACCAUUAAAGAAUAUGUACACCUGAUCAAUACUUGAUGGUUGUGCUUUUCAUUCAUCCUUUCAUUUAUAGUGGUAUGCUUGCAAUGCUGAAUUUUUUGUUGUAAUGAUCUGGCGGCAUUUUUCAAGUGUUUUCAAACUUUUAUCAGUUCUUUCCAAAGCUCUGUCAAUGAGAAACAAGAUUUUGCUCUUGUGUACAUUACAGUUAAGGAACCUUUCCAAUAAUUAGACAUGGCAAAGGUAGUUCUGAUUAAGGUGGUUUCAUUUUUUUGUUAAAAUCAUGUCAUUCCUAUUUCAAGAAGUACAAGCUUUUAGUUUAAGGAUGUCACAAAUGUGAUUGUAUUUUACUGCCAGACUUGUCAGGUUUUAUGCUUUUGUAUUAAAUAUGUAUCUUAAA